CGGCGGCGGCGGCGUCCGGGUGGCGAGCGGAGCCCGCGGCGGCGGCUGAGGCGGCGGCUCCCCCGCGGCCGGCCGCCCGCGCGCUGAGGCGAUGCCGGACCAGAUCUCCGUGUCGGAAUUCGUGGCCGAGACCCAUGAGGACUACAAGGCGCCCACGGCCUCCAGCUUCACCACCCGCACGGCCCAGUGCCGGAACACGGUGGCGGCCAUCGAGGAGGCUUUGGAUGUGGACCGGAUGGUUCUUUACAAAAUGAAGAAAUCUGUGAAAGCAAUAAACAUCUCUGGGCUGGCUCACGUGGAGAACGAAGAGCAGUACACUCAGGCUCUGGAGAAGUUCGGUGGCAACUGUGUGUGCAGAGAUGACCCGGAUUUGGGAAGUGCAUUCCUGAAGUUCUCAGUGUUCACCAAGGAGCUGACAGCGCUUUUCAAAAACCUGAUUCAGAAUAUGAACAACAUAAUCUCCUUCCCUUUGGACAGUUUGCUGAAGGGGGACCUGAAAGGAGUGAAAGGGGAUCUGAAAAAGCCUUUUGAUAAAGCUUGGAAGGACUAUGAAACAAAAAUAACAAAAAUAGAAAAGGAGAAAAAGGAACAUGCCAAGCUCCAUGGGAUGAUUCGUACUGAAAUAAGUGGGGCUGAAAUUGCCGAAGAGAUGGAAAAGGAGAGGCGGUUCUUCCAGCUGCAGAUGUGCGAGUAUCUGCUGAAGGUCAAUGAAAUCAAGAUUAAAAAGGGGGUGGAUUUACUUCAAAAUCUGAUCAAAUAUUUUCAUGCCCAGUGCAAUUUUUUCCAGGAUGGACUGAAGGCAGUGGAAAGCCUCAAACCUUCCAUCGAAACACUGUCAACAGAUCUUCACACGAUCAAACAGGCCCAGGAUGAAGAAAGAAGACAGUUGAUACAGCUUCGAGAUAUUUUGAAAUCAGCAUUGCAGGUUGAACAAAAAGAGGACUCCCAACUUCGCCAGAGUACAGCUUACAGUUUACAUCAGCCUCAGGGAAACAAAGAACACGGAACCGAGCGGAAUGGCAACCUCUACAAGAAAAGCGAUGGGAUCCGAAAAGUGUGGCAGAAAAGGAAAUGUUCAGUUAAAAAUGGUUUUCUGACCAUAUCCCAUGGUACCGCUAACCGGCCUCCAGCGAAGCUCAACUUAUUAACCUGCCAAGUGAAGACCAACCCUGAAGAGAAGAAGUGUUUUGACCUUAUUUCACAUGACAGGACGUACCACUUUCAAGCAGAAGAUGAACAGGAAUGUCAAAUAUGGAUGUCUGUAUUGCAAAACAGCAAAGAAGAAGCUUUAAACAAUGCAUUUAAGGGGGAUGACAAUACUGGAGAAAAUAACAUAGUCCAAGAACUGACAAAGGAGAUCAUCUCAGAAGUCCAGAGGAUGACGGGCAAUGACGUGUGCUGUGACUGCGGGGCGCCAGAUCCUACGUGGCUGUCUACCAACCUGGGCAUUCUGACCUGCAUCGAGUGUUCUGGAAUCCAUCGAGAGCUGGGGGUUCAUUACUCCAGGAUGCAGUCCCUGACCUUAGAUGUAUUGGGAACAUCUGAGCUGCUGCUUGCCAAGAAUAUUGGGAAUGCAGGCUUUAAUGAGAUUAUGGAGUGUUGCCUACCAGCCGAGGGCUCAGUCAAACCCAAUCCAGGGAGCGACAUGAAUGCAAGAAAGGACUACAUCACGGCCAAGUACAUCGAGAGGAGAUACGCAAGGAAAAAGCACGCGGACAAUGCAGCGAAGCUUCACAGCCUUUGUGAGGCCGUCAAGACAAGAGAUAUUUUUGGAUUACUCCAAGCCUAUGCUGAUGGCGUGGAUCUUACGGAAAAAAUCCCACUGGCCAAUGGACAUGAGCCAGAUGAAACGGCCCUGCACCUCGCAGUCAGAUCCGUGGACCGGACUUCUCUUCACAUUGUAGACUUUUUAGUUCAGAACAGCGGGAACCUGGACAAACAGACGGGCAAAGGCAGCACGGCCCUGCACUACUGCUGCCUGACGGACAACGCCGAGUGCCUCAAGCUCCUCCUGCGGGGCAAGGCCUCCAUCGAGAUAGCCAACGAGUCGGGAGAGACACCAUUGGACAUUGCCAAACGCCUCAAGCAUGAGCACUGUGAGGAGCUGCUGACCCAAGCCUUAUCCGGAAGGUUUAAUUCUCAUGUCCACGUUGAAUAUGAGUGGCGGUUGCUCCAUGAAGACCUGGAUGAAAGUGAUGAUGACAUGGAUGAGAAAUUGCAGCCCAGCCCCAACCGGCGGGAAGACCGGCCUGUCAGCUUCUACCAGCUGGGGUCCAGCCAGCUUCAGUCUAACACUGCGUCUUUGGCAAGAGAUGUCGCAAACCUUGCCAAGGACAAGCAGAGGAGUUUCAUGCCCAGCAUCUUGCAGAAUGAGACCUAUGGAGCCAUCCUAAGCGGCAGCCCACCUCCCACCCAGCCUGCAGCCCCCAGCACCACCAGUGCCCCCCCACUACCCCCACGGAACAUCGGCAAAGUUCAGACAGCCUCCUCAGCUAACACCCUGUGGAAGACAAACUCUGUAAGUGUGGACGGUGGAAGCCGGCAGCGAUCUUCGUCAGAUCCGCCAGCUGUCCAUCCACCGCUGCCCCCUCUUCGAGUGACAUCUACCAAUCCCCUGACGCCCACGCCGCCCCCUCCUGUAGCCAAGACGCCCAGUGUGAUAGAAGCCUUGAGCCAGCCGAGCAAGCCCACCCAGCCCGUGGGCUCGCAGAGCAAGCCCCCACCUCUGCCCCCGCAGCCGCCCAGCCGCCUCCCUCAGAAGAAGCCUGCUCCCGGGGCUGACAAGCCGACUCCACUGAUCAACAAAGGCCAACCGAGAGGACCUGUGGACCUCUCUGGAACAGAAGCUCUGGGUCCUCUGUCCAACGCCGUGGUCCUGCAGCCCCCUGCACCCAUGCCCAGGAAGUCGCAGGCAACCAAGUUGAAGCCCAAGCGGGUCAAAGCGCUCUAUAACUGUGUGGCCGACAACCCAGACGAGCUGACCUUCUCCGAGGGUGAUGUGAUCAUCGUGGACGGGGAGGAGGACCAGGAGUGGUGGAUCGGCCACAUUGAUGGAGAUCCCAGUCGUAAAGGAGCAUUCCCUGUAUCAUUUGUGCACUUUAUUGCCGACUAAAUUGCUACUGAACAAAAGCAUUUCCUAUAACAGUUACGUUCCUGUUUCAUUAUUGGUACCAAAACUCUUGCCAGAUAUAACCAGUUUCAUGAAUUGUACGGUAACCCAUUUUCUCUAAUACUACUGUUCUGUUUUUAAAACUCAAAGGCAAUUUUUACACAUAAAUGGUUUUUUAUAAUUUGUGGUUUUCAUAAAACAUUGUUAUGCUUUUAUUAGGAAAAACUAAGUUUCCUAAAAGGUGAACUGAAAAGUUAUUUUAACUAUAUAAUCAAGAUCCUGCAUCUAUAGAAUUAGUAAACCUAAAAAUGUUUGAACUAAGAGUAUUAGAAGUAAAUUCUUCUUGCUUUCCUUGGCCCAAUUCUGGAGUUGAUGAUCUUUUUGCACAAUUAUUAUUUUAAAAUAGGAAGCCAGUAAACUGCUGCUUCAGAAGUCCAUAGCUCAGGCCUGGACUUUCAAUAAAAUGUUACCAGUUCACCUUUUAAAGACAGGUAUUCCUUUGUAACCCAUCCAAUGUUUAUUUAAAGCAACUUGGAAAUUUACACGUUAGCGGUGUACUUUCUAGCCCUAAUUUGUGAGGUUGCAGCUAUCAUAUUCUGCAUGUGUGUAUAACCUGUUGUUGUGAACAAUCAUACUUAACAAAACUACUGAUGGUUUAUUACAACAUAUGAUGAUUGCAGUUAAUUCAGUUCCAGGUUAUAUAAAACUGCAUUUCCUGAAUUUGGUUAAAAACUAAGGAUGAUGGAUUGCAAAACAGUUCUUUAAAUUAGUUUAUAUGCUUUAGGUGUUUUGGAAUUUGCCUUCCUAACUUCCUUAACCACACAGAAAUCAACUGUACACAGAAUUCUGUGGUGCAGACCACGAUAUAUUAACAUAUCACCCGCUGUUUCUUGUUGAGUGUACCACUGCCUUCCCUUCCUAGCCCACGAGAAUGUUUACUCAGUUUAUAGUGUCUUGUAUUUAUAUAAUAUUACAACAGGAAUGGUAGUUAUACUGUCUUAAAAUUUAAUCUGUCCAUCUGUUUAUAAUCAAGAGCAUAUCAGAAAUCUAUAGGUCCCAAGUAAUAAAAUAUUCCCAAACAUCCCAGUUUUUACUAUUUAGGGCCAUCAUAUCAUUCUUAAGCUACUUGGGGCGGGAGUGGGGGGAUUAGGUUGUAUACUAUAAAAUCAAAACUCAUUACUUUAAUGAAAUUGACUGUCAUACCUCUAUUUAGUAAUUGUGACCGUAAGAUUCAUAGUAGGAAUAUUGGAAAUUUUGGCACUCUUUGAGAAUAGGCAUAUAAUGCCCACUUGGACUUUUAACAAAAGUAAAGGAAUAAAUUUAAGUAUAGGCUUGGAAAGUGAGGAAACAAUGCUAUUACUGCAUUUGUCAUGAUGGUACAUUUGAUUGAAGCAGCCUGUCUGUAGUAUGCAAGACUCUUGUAAGUGUAGAGUUGUUUUUUUUUUUUUUCUUCUUGGCAUUAUACUUUUUGUUGCUAUUAUAAAAGAAAACAGAACAAACUGGAAUCUUUUAUGAUGUUGUAUAGCAAUUGCUUUUUGCCUUUCAAAGUUUCGGGUAAAAAUGUGUUAGAUCUGUAAUUAAAGUCUUUUCUUUAAAGCACUACAUCUAUUUUCACUAAUUGUUAAUUUCUCUUGUUUGAACCCUUCAUUUAGUUAAUUUUCUCAUAGGUUCAAGAAAGUAAACAUAUUUUGCACAGUGCACUUACUCUAACGAUCCUCUGCAUCUGUCUUAUAGUCAGCCUCGUGACUACCUGGUGCCAGCUACAUAAGGAAUAGUUGAUUCAUGUCAGCAUUUGAACUCCAGUCCCAAUCUAUUCUGUCAGGUUCACUGGUACAUAAAUAUUUAGGAAAUAUUUUUCCAGUCCACAAUUUGGUGGUGCUAUUGUGCAGUAAUUAAUAGUACUCUUGCCAGAGGAAAAAUUACAUUAACUUCCCUGCUAAUAUCCUUUCUUAGUUAUUUGCUCUUUGCAAAUUAAAAAAAAAAAGCAUCUGAGAGAAAGGAAAACAUUGUAGAUAUCUAUUUAUAUUUAAAGUUUACGUUUCAUGAACUUGAGCUGCAGGAUUCUGGCAUUUUGCAUGCCAUUUGCCAUCAGAUCUGACUUCUAGGGAUGAUGACUGAAAUCUGUGCACAGACUAAUAGUUACUGUGUGACGUGUCAAGGGGUGGUAACAAUAUGCAGCUUAGAAUGCUAUUUUGAGAUGUAUGAUAUUCAAUUCAUUCACUCGAUUACUUUGGUCUAGUUGCAGCGCAACUGUAUAUAUUGUAUAACCUAAAUUGAUUCUUAUUUUCAUUGUCCUUAAUGCAGUGAUUUAUAAUUAGAGCAUGUUUAAUAAGUUUACUCUUCUUGUUAACUAGUCAUUUGACUGGAAAAAAAUAAAAUACUUUUAAAUGGACAUGG